AUGAAUUGGCUCGGCCUCCUCGUCCUGCUGACCGUGGCUGGGCUGGCACACGGGACAUGGGACAACUGCGGAUGGACUUGUGGCCUCCGACCAAUGGUGUCUGACUCCAUACCUCAUGAUGACGGCAUGACACGUAUUGUGGGUGGCACAGGUGCCAAGCCAGGGGCCUGGCCAUGGAUGGUCAGCAUCCAGCAUCCGAGGAUACCAGGCUCAAAGCAUUGGUGUGGAGGGUCCCUCGUCAGUGCAGAGUGGGUCCUCACAGCAGCCCACUGCUUUGACAGGAUCAAGAGAAUCGGCAUCUUGAAUGUGGUGAUUGGGGCCACCCAGUUGACUCAGCCAGGCCCUGGGGCACAAGUGCGGAAGAUUAAGAAGCUAUUUCGUCACAAAAAAUACAAGAGAAGUGAUAUAAGUAAUGAUAUUGCCUUGCUAGAACUGAAUGAGCCUGUCCAGUGCAGCCCUUACAUCCAGUUGGCCUGUGUGGCUGACCCCACCCUAAGAGUCUCAGAGCUGCAAAACUGCUGGAUUGCUGGUUGGGGUUUAACCUCAGAAGGAGAUGAAGACUCAAGUGAUCACCUCCAGGAGGCCAAGGUCCAGCUCAUCGAUGUCCAGCUCUGCAACAGCACUGGCUGGAAUGCAGGGGAAAUUCACACCUACAACUUGUGUGCUGGUUACCCAGAGGGCGGCAUCGACACCUGCCAGGGUGACAGCGGUGGUCCUCUCAUGUGCCAGGACAACAACGCUGACUCCUGGUGGGUCAUCGGAGUGACCAGCUGGGGAAAAGGCUGCGCCAGAGCAAAGCUGCCCGGAGUCUACACCUCCACUCAGUACUUCUAUGACUGGAUUCUGGCCCAGAUGGGCCUGAGCCCAUUUGGAAGUGCUUCCUGA